AUGGAUAGCGAUAUUGAAAAUAUCAAUAGUAAUAAUAAUAAUAAAAAAAUAGAAAAUCAUGCAAUAAUAAUAAAUAAUAAUGAUGAAAAGAAUCAAAUAAAUAACAAUAAUAAUAAUAAUAAUAAUCAAACACCAAUAAAGGAAAGAUCAUUUCUAUAUAUUCAUAAAAUUAAUAAUGAUGUUAGUUAUAUGAACUUGCUAACAAGUUAUAUUGGAUCAUUUUUAAGUAUUUGCUUUUUUGUAUUCAUAAAUGUUGCACAACCUGAUAUUUUAUCAUCACUUGGUAUUAGUGAUGAUCAACAAGGUAGAAUUAGUGGUAAUUUAUCAUUUUGUAAUGAAAUAGUUAUAGUGGUAGCAUCAUAUACAUGGGGUAUAUUAAGUGAUAAAAUUGGUAGAAGAGGAGUUUAUAGUGCAGGUAUGUUUAUAAUUGGAAUUGGUUUAGCAAUUUAUCCAUUUGCAAAUUCAAUAGUAUGUUUAUAUAUAUUUAGAAUGAUAUUUGCAGUUGGUGCUGCAUCAUGUUCAUCAAUGUUAAGUGCAGUAUUGGCUGAUUAUAUACCAUUUAGAGAUAGAGGUAAAGCAAGUGGAUUAUUAGGAUUUGCAGCUGGAGGUGGAGCAGUAUUGGCAUCAUUGGUUUUAAUGAAGAUACCGAAUCUAAUUAAACAGAAUAGCGAUCUACCCUCAAGACAAUCAACAGAGGUCGUUUAUGGGAUGACUGCCGCUUUGGCAAUCAUUGGUUCGGUAUUGCUGUUCUUUUGCCUACAACGUAAAUCAAAGGAUAUCAAAUUGAUGUGUAAUGAAAAGAAGAAUGCAUUAAAGAUCGCAUGGGAUGGAUUAAAAGCUGGAAAGAAACCAUUGCUUUCAUUAGCGUAUGGUUCAGGGUUUCUAGCGAGGGGCGACAGUGCUAUCGCCACUACGUUCCUCUCAUUGUGGAUCUACCAAUACACUCUAUCGAUCAAUGGUGGUGACAAAACUGCUGCCCUCUCAAAAUCAGGCACCAUCAGUGGUAUCGCUCAAACUUGUGCACUCUUUUUCGCAUUGGUGGCCGGCUUCCUUUGUGAUAGAAUGAAUAGAAUCUUUGCAAUGGUAUUGUUGGCAAUGAUUGGGUGUGUGGGUUAUUUCAUGUUGGCAUUCAGUGAGAAUCCAUUAACAACUCAGUUCUUUGUUGGUGCUUGUAUCAUUGGUUGUGCAGAAACUGGAAUGGUGGUUUCUUCAACUGCUUUGGUUGCACAGGAAUCUCCAACUGAACUCAGAGGUUCUGUAAGCGGUUUCUUCUCACAAUGUGGUUCAAUUGGUAUUUUGGUGGCUUCAUUAUUGGGUGGUAUUUUAUAUGACAAAUGGAAUGGUUAUCCAUUUGCAUUAUUUGGUGUAUUCAGUGCACUUCUCUCAAUUUGGGGUUUAGUAGUUUUCUUUAUCACACAAUUCAAACAAUCACUUGUACCAAAUAGUCCAAUCAAAAAUUUCUUUAAAAAUUUUAUUCAAAAUAAUGAUAGGGAAUUUAAUAAUCAAAAACAAAUUGAUUCUUUAAAAGAUCCAUUAAUUUCAAAUUUAUUAUAA